AUGUCGGACAAGCCGGAGAGCAGCAAGACUGACCUCGAAGGGGAUAUCAUCGAUCCGGUGUUCCAAAAGGAUUUCCUGUCACAGUUGCCAGUGGAGGUUGCUUAUCGCAUCAUCGCCCAUUUGACACCGCACGACUUGGUGACUUGUGCUGGUGUUUCGCGGACGUGGCGACGGAUUUUUGAAGAUGAUGAAACGUGGCGACAGAAAUGUUUGGAGAAAGGAUAUGUGAAAAUUGAUGUGCCAAGCUUUCGUUUUCUCGGAGGUUGGGCGGCCAAUCGAGCGAAUGAGCAAGCGGGGAUCACAAUCUUCUCACAUAUGGACCUUCAAGAAGCACAUCAGAAUCGACGAGAACGCGAGAUCGCAUAUGGACAAUGUUAUGAGCGAUCGUCAUGGAAGUCGCUGUACUUGCGGAAGAAGCGAAUCAUUUCAAAUUGGCGAUCUCGAGCGAUUCAAUCAAGCACUGUUCUAAAUGUCCACGAUGGGCAUGUGAUCACUUGUCUGCAAAUUCACUCAGGUCGUAUCGUGACUGGUUCAGAUGAUAAUACCUUGCGGAUUUGGAAUGUUGAUGAUGCUCAACUGGCUUUCACUCUAACUGGCCAUAUGGGUGGUGUUUGGAGGUGUCAAGUGAGCGAUGAUGGCAAAUACAUUGUCAGUCAGCCGUUUGAUGGAACGGUGCGCGUUUGGUGUGGUCAAACCGGUGCACAGCGUCAUGUUCUGCAGGGGCAUACGAAUCCUGUUGAAUGCAUGAGUCUACGUGGCACAACUCUUGUUUCUGGGUCUUACGAUCAAACGCUCCGAGUCUGGGACAUUGUCGACGGGAAAUGUCUUAACAUUUUGGCUGGCCACUUGGCGGAGGUUUGGAGUGUGCAAUUUGAUGGAAUUCGGGUUGUGUCUGGUUCCGAUGAUGGUGCUAUAAAGGUUUGGAGUGUGCAGACGGGGGAGUGUUUACACACGCUAAUAGGUCAUACGAAUCGAGUCCAUUCACUUUUGUUUGACCCGAAGCGCGAUCUUGUCGUCUCGGGAAGUCAGGAUAAAACGAUGCGCGUCUGGGAUGUGCGAAGAGGAACAUGCAUCGCAAUUCUUCGCAGUGGUGACAGGAGCUACUAUUAUGACAUGCAACUUCGCGGAAACAUUUUGGUCGGCUGCUAUGCCAACUCGGACAUCGGGGUUUGGGACAUUGACGGUGGUUCAUGCAUUCAUCGCUUACAAGGCGUAAAUGGUCACACGUCGCACAUCACUUCCUUGCAAUUGCUCGACUCGGGACUUUUGGUGACGGGCUCUUGUGAUGGCUCGGUCAAGGUGUGGGAUGUGGAUAAAGGUAUCUUUGUUCGUGACCUCCUUCGUCUGCAGGCUGGCGGUUGGAUUCGGCAUCUCUUCGCAACCGAAACAUGGCUCGUCUGUGCAAGUGAAUCGCGUAACGAGGGCCCAAGGCUCAUCUUGAUAGAUUUUGACGCAUCUUAUCCA